GAGUGGAACCAAACACUGUGCAUCUCAAGUCCCUGAUCUCAGCCUUGGGACAACUUGUCUUUUGGUUAUAAUGGCGCUUCGCAGUCAGACCCCUGUGUUCCUAGCCACAUUGGCUAUCACCCUGCUUGCCUGUCCCACCGGGGCGCUGGCCGGAUGCUGUUGCCCGACUUUUUGGACUGCCUUCGAUCAUCAUUGUUACAGGUUCUUUAGCCAGAAUUUGACUUGGAAUGAAGCUGAGCGGUUUUGCCAGUCUUACACCGUACCUUCUCUCAGUGGCGAGGCAAAAAGUCCGGACACAAUGGCUCACUUAGUGUCAAUUCAUUCUCAGGCCGAACAAAACUUCAUCAAUAUUCUCUACGAAUCCUCGCGACGGAAAUCGAGUGACACUAUUGAUAUACAAGGUGGACUUUGGUUUGGACUGCACGAUCAGUUCAUGGAAGGUGAUUUUAAAUGGUCUGAUGGAUCGCCUUUCGAUUACCAUGCCUGGGCACCCGGACAACCCGACUUCCAUACAAGGGAUGAAAACUGCGGUGUCAUCCGAUCAGGCGGCAACCCCGGGCUCUGGCGAGAUGGGCCGUGUGUCCAAGCACCGUCGGAGAGGAUUCAUUACUUCAUCUGUAAACUACCGAUGUGGUAGAAUAUGAGGAUGAUAAUAAUGAUAACAACAAUAAUAAUGAUAAUAAUAAUAAUAAUAACGAUAAUACUAACAAUAUAAAAAAUCUUGUAAAUUGUAUAUCACAUUAUGAUUAUAACGUCUUGUGUUUCCAAAGGACUUUGAUAUUAUUGCCCCAGCUUUAGCUUAGCAGCCGUAAUUACUGACAGCGCACAAGUAUUUUCCCAUUUACCUCACCUGGGUCGAGUACAGCACAAUGUGGAUAAAUUUCUUGCUGAAGGAAACUACGCCAUGUCUAAGAUUUGAACCCACGACCCUUUGUUUCAAAGUCCGGAUACUAAUCCGCUGGGCCACAACGCUCCUCACAAGAAAAAUAAAUUUCACCAGAAAUGAGAAUAAAAAUCGUAAUCACUUUCUAAUUAAAACAAUUAUAAGGCCGUUUCAAUGGUAGACUUAUUGUUAUCUGAAUAGUCAAUUCUCAUGUUUGUGGUGUGGCAGUGUUUUCCAUCAUUUCCACCGCUCAAUCAAAUUUACCCGCAUGGAAUAUGAGAUUUCAUGGUUUUAUGAAAACAGAAAAUUUAUUAUCAGGAUGAUAGAGUAGGCCUGAAGAAUAUCCAAUAAACAGAAGUCAAGGAUUCAAGAUCUCUUUAGUCUAUGCACUUUUAUCACAGUUAGAAAAUUUAUCCUAAAAACACACAGAAAAGUUCCUGCAGAAGAGUCUCGAGAACACCUGUAUAUAGAGUGUGAAACCUUACAAUUUUCCUGCAAUAAAAUAAUAUACAUGUUCUGUUAAAGUGCACAGAAUUUCCUGUUAUAACAAUUUACAAACUACUCUGUCUUUUUGUGAAAUCUGUUUUUAUUGCAGCAUAGAGACAGAAUCGAUAAUGCGAGCGCGAACAAUUAACAUUGUUGUGUUUUUACUAUGUUUUGGCGAUCCAGUCUUACAGGUUUCCUUUUACCUUCAUGGAAAGCC